GAUUUAGGGUUAUCCGGCGUCGACAUCAUGUGGCCGUGGACAAUGCAACGACGGGGGACCUGACAAAAGCAUCAAAAGGCGACAAGAUGCGAUCUCACGAGACCCAGAUCCAUGGAUAGCGUAUCGAAUUCUAUCUCUUUUAUCCGUGAUUGGCGUUCUCUCUCUCUCUCUCUCUCUCCUUCCCAUUUUCACUGCGUCAACACUUUACACUCUUUGCGCAAUAUACUAUACUAUAUAUAUUCCUCUAUCCCCACGUUAUCUCUCUUCUUCGGUCCUCCCUCUCCGUCCCUAACCCUCACCCAGGCAGGCAGCCCAGGCGUUUGCAGAUCUCGAGAAAAUAAAGCCGCCAUGGCUGCCUGUGGAGAGAAGAGGGAUGGAGUCUCGAUCUCUGUUUCCGAUUCCGUCGUUUGCCCCAAACCUCGUAGAAUCGGAAUUUUGAAUCCCUCCUUAAACGAACAAUCCAGACCUUCUAGAUGGCAUGCCAAUUACCAAACAGAGAUCUCUGACUCAAAAGCAGGGAUGGAACUUCUUGACAUCAUACUAAUCAAGGGGAGCUAUAAUGUGGAAAAAUCCAUUACUCAAGUGGCUUCGUCGCCACCAUUUUUCAGCGGGUCUCCACCAAGCAGGGCUUCGAACCCUUUGAUUCAGGACUCCCAAUUUCGAAACAAGGAGUUUAGUCCACUAUCUCCGUUGUCGUACCAGGCACCAAAUCUGGUAUCCUCUCCAUCCUCAUCUGCACGUAAAGGUGGUUCAUGUGCUCGGGUAAAAUUUGGGCAAAAGCCAGCUGCAGUGAGAGUUGAGGGAUUUGAUUGCAUAAGCCGAGAUCGCCGAAGCAUCUCGGCUGUAGCCUAAAAGAAGAGCUACUCCAUCCAAUUCCUUCUUCAAAGAAGCAGGGGGGAGGAACAAGAAACGGUGGAUUUCGGAGGGAUGACCUAUUUAUAACAUAGUUUUUUUUUUUGGUUGUAUAUACAAGGUUGAGUGGUUCAGCAUUUGUUGAGUUUUCUGUUGAAUCGAAGUAUAUGUAUAUAUUGUAUCAGAGUCGAUGAUCUAAUAAAGAGAAGUGAGAUAGAGAGAAAGAGACUGAAGUUCUUUCUCUUGGGCUAGGUCUUUCCUGAGGGUUUUUUGAGACUCUGUUGUGUCACUCUUGUCCUUCAUUGUAAUUGUAAUUCGAAGGUGAGGAGCUGAUGGUCUUUUACGAAA